AUGGGCGGCAAGAAGAAGAAGCCCGGGAAGAAGUCCUCGAAGAAAUCCGGGAACGCGGCGGAGACCGGCUCGCAGAAGUCGCGCUCCGAGAUGGGCGACUCCGACGACUCCGAAAACGAGGGAGGCGUCGAGCCCCAAUCGACUGAAUCCGGCCCGGUGGAGACCGUCCCUGAGGCCGCGGCGACGAACGACGAGGCCGCGGAGGUCGCAGCCGCCGUCGCCGCGUCGGCGGCGGCGGAUCCCGCGCCGGCGAAGCCCCCCGAUCCGGCCCCCGCGCCCCCCGCGCCGGAAAAGCCCCCGUUCGAGGGCACCGAGGAGGAGAUCGCCGCGGCGAAGAAAAUUCAGGCGCUGCAACGGGGCCGCCAAGCGCGCGGGGAGUUCGCGAAGCUCAAGGCCGCCAAGGCUGCCAAGCCCGAGGAUGCGCUCAACACGAGUACGGAAUCCGAUGAUGCCGCCGCCAAGGAUCUUCGCGCGUCGCAGGAUGCGGCGAUGCUCGAGCUUCUUCGCAAGGAGAGGGUAGAGCUCACUGCUGCCCUCGCCGACGCCAGGGUGACGAUUAAGCUCGCCGAGGACAAGGCCAACGCCGCUCAAGCCGAGCUCGAGGCUAAGACGCAGGAGAUGGAUGCCAAGAUCGCGCAGGCGGACGCCAAGGCGACGGAGGAGCGCGAGCGCGCGGAACGGCUCGAACACCAGGUGGAGGCGUUUGAUAAAUCCGCCGCAUCCGCGGUGGGCUCCGCGACCAACGAGCGCAAGGCCAAGGUGGAGGCUGAGCUCGAACGCGAUAACGCCAUCAAGGACAUGGAGAAGGAGAAGGCCAAGGCGGCUCAAGCCGUGGCGGAGGCUGCGAAGAAGAUCGCGGACGCGGAGGCCAAGACGGCCGAGGAGAGGGGCCUCUACGACGCGACGAUGAAACGAGCGCACGACGCCGAGGAGAGGGUCCGGGAAUCCAAGGAGGCGUUACUCGCCAUGCGCGCGGGUCUGAUUCGCAUGGCCACGGUGAUGGGCGACAGCAGGGAGAUUCGCGAUUUCAUGCGGGCGAUGCGCGCCGCCGAGGACUCCGAAGAAGGAUCGAACGAAGGGAUCCCCGGCGAGCCCGGGGCCGAUCAUCAAAGGUCCGUCAACGAGAGCAGCGUCGCGGCGUCGGCGGAUGCCGCCCGACUCGUCGCCUCGAACGACGACCGCGGCGCGGAUGAGCUCGUCGACGAGUGCAUCGACAAGCUGCACCACUUUCUCAGCGUCAACGCGGACGAGAAGAAGGAGCUGCGCGCGCAGGUUCAGGCGCAGCAGCGGUUCUCGAAGGAUUCAGUCGGCGGGCUCGGUAUGGGCGGCAUCGGGCGGUCCGCCGCGCUCUCGCCGACGUCGCCCCGGGCGUCCAACGCGUGGAAACAGCCUUGGGAACGGUCGGAGGCUCUAUCCCCGGGCGCGUCGGCGCUGUCCCCGAUGGCGAAGGACAUCGCCAUGAUGGACAUGUCCGAGCUGCGCACCGAGCUGGAGCGCUCGCGGCGAUACACCACCCGCCUGCAGACGAGGUUCGACAAGCUGAACGUGGAGGUGACGCACCAGGCGAACAUGACGCUGAAGGCCAUCGAGGAGAGGGACGAGGCCGUCGCCAUGCUCCUGGCCAAGGCCAAGUCCGAGGAGGGCGCGAGGGAGGAUUCCGAGAACCGAGCCCGUCAGCUCCGAGCUGAAAUCGCGCAGCUCAAGACGGAUCUGGACAAGCGCGACAGACGGUUCAAACAGCUCACACCGCUCGACGCCGUCGUGACCGAGGAGUUUACCAAAAUGAGGAAGGAGGUGGACGCGGCGAGACGCGCGGAUCCCAACGCGGGUCCCUCGGCUCACGACGACGCCGUCACCGCUUCGGCGGUGACUGCGCUGUGUUCGCGGCUGGAGAAGGCUACGGCGCUGGAGAAGGAGUGCGACGACCUUCGCAAGAUCAACGCGUUCCUGCGCCGACAAGGAGGUUCGCUCGACUCGUCGGGCGGCAGCGGCGGAAUCUCCGCGGCGGUCGAGUCCGUGAUGAAGGAGUCCGAGGACGUCAUCGCGGCGCUGAACCGCGACGGGGUCAAGGCUGAGGAGGUUCCCCUCACCGGAAGCAACACGGAGAAGUGGCGGCAGGUGGCCAUGGCCUUCUCGGGCUCCGUCGGCAAGGGAUCGCCCCCCGCGUCUCCGGGCGCCCUCAGCGGUGUCCUACCCCCGCCUCCCGCCGAGGGUAACGGCGGCGACGACGCGCCCAUGUCCGCGGCCGAGGUUGCCAGGUCCAUGGAUUCCCUCCGGUCCUCCAUCCUCAAGCCCCACGGUCCGUCCGAACCGUUGGGCUCGGCGCCCGGGUCGGUGUCCGCCUCCUACUCCACCACCAGCAGGAUGACGUACGACUCCCCGGGUGGGGCAUACUCCAAGACGAUCACCCGACCCGACACCGGAUCCGCGAUCAAGGUUCGAAGCGUCCACCAGCUGCGACAGACGCACACGGGCGGAACCUUCGCGCCCCCGCGUGAGCUCUUCCGAGGAUCCCCUUACAGCGCCAGGAACUCGCCCAAGCCUCGCGACGUCGGGCCCAAGCCGUGGGACGCGCCGUCCGCCGUUUUACCCGCGAGCGAGCGGGUUAACCCCGGGCCGGAGUGGUUCCAGGACGCGAGGCACGCGUGGGAUUCGUACACGGACGCGCUCAGCCAAGUCGAGGCGCAGCGGGAGCUCGAGAAGGAGAAGAGGGAAUACGCCAAGUACGAGUCGCUGUUAAAAUCGGGGUACAACGCGGCGGAGCCCAUGCGACUCCCCGCGCACCUGAGGGUGAAGGACGCGCUCGCGUCCGAGGCGGAGGUUGACCGCGCGGUGAAGAGGUUCGUGAAGACGCUGUCGGAGCACGGCGCGAGCGUGAGUUUGCGAAGGAACGGUCCGUGCAAGUACAUGCUCAGCCGGACGCUGACGAGCGCGGCGCAGCGCGGAGGUCGACCGGGUCCCUCCGGCCCGGCUCCCGCGUCGAAGAUUGUCAUGCUCCGGAUGAUCUCCAACCGGCUGGUGGUGCACCGCGGGACUAACCUACCGCCCCUGGACCUGCUCGAUGCCGUGGUCGGGUACGUUCAGCCGUACAAGCCCCCGGGUCCGGUGCGCAAGGUGGCCGACGGCUUGGGCCGCGAGAAGAAGUGGCUCGAGUCGUGGACGGGCAAGGCGGGGGUCAAGUCGCCGCCCGCCGCCGCCUCGCCAAAGCCCGUGGACUUCUCGCAGAUGACCCGCGAGAGGUACCCCGAGGACGAGACCGUCCCGCCCGUCCCGCAAUCGCCGGCCAAGUCCCCGACACCACAGGCGGCUGGACUGCCGGGGACGCCGCCGGGGACGCUGCCAAAGUCGCCAGCCACGCCGGCGUCAAACACGCCGACGGGACCGAGGCCGUUCCUGAGGGUGGACAAGGAGCCCACUCCGGAGAAGAAGCCCGUUCCGGAGAAGAAGCCCACUCCGGAGAAGAAGCCCGCGCCCGCGGUGUGA